AUGGCCACCUCCGACCGUGCCGUGCUGGGAAGGCCACACUAUACACCAGUCAAUAUCCAAGCACAUGAAGUGUCUGUUCAAGCCGAAUCGCCCAUUCUGCAAAGAAUUACUCAAAGCUUACACCACCUCAGAGGCAAAAACAUUAGUAGCAACAACACACACACGGUUUUGCACUCAGUAACGGCACACAUACCCGGAGGGAAAUUGACGGCAAUUUUGGGAGGAAGUGGAUCGGGGAAAACGACCUUGCUAAAUGCGUUGUCGGGAAGAUUUCAAAAUCAAAACCAGACAGUAUCGGGAGAGAUUACGUAUAACGGAUACAACGAUUUGUCUCGAUUUCGCACCGCCUAUGUGAUACAGGAGGAUGUUCUCCCGGCCACCCUGACAGUCCGCGAGACCUUGCAGUAUGCGGCUGACCUCCGUUCGAAUUGGAAAAGCGGGCGCCAGCGGGAUCAAGCGGUCGAUGAAUUGGUUAGAAGGUUAGGUCUAGAGACCUGCACCGACACCCGGAUAGGGCACGGGAGCGGGCAUGGUUGUAGUGGCGGCGAGAGGCGGCGAGUCAGCAUCGCCAUUCAGCUGCUGAUAGGUGCUUCGGUGCUGUUCUGCGACGAGCCAACAACAGGGCUUGAUGCAACAACCGCUUGGCAAGUCAUACAGACAUUAAAGAACCUAGCUGCUAGUGGUAUGACGGUGAUAAUCUCCAUACAUGCUCCGACAUCGAGUGUCUGGGAUAUGUUCGAUCAUAUCAUUCUUCUCGUAUCGGGACAUGUUCUGUAUGAUGGACCAAAGGAGGCAGUCCCGGAUUACCUCGACCGUUCCGGGUUUAGAUUGCCAGCAUUCGUCAACCCGGCCGAAUUUAUCAUAGACAAGAUCACUAUAAAUACAUGGAUACAGAACACUCCAGAGCUGCCUUUCCAUCGCUUGGUGCCAUUUCAAGGCUCGUCGGCCAAUGCACUCGACACGGUCGCCCUUCCAGCACAGCUUCCGGAAUCUCCAACACCAUCUAGCACAAAACCGGGAUUUUGGACGAAGUGGAAAGUCAUGACAAAGCGGACGAUGGUAGUAUGUAUAAGAGACAUCUCGCCGCUCAUUGGAAUUGCCUGUACGAUUGCUGGGCUAGCUGCCGUCCUUGGAUGGAUAUUUUGGCACUUGGAUGGAUCCCUUGCGGGAAUUCGUUCCCGACAAGGAAGCCUCUGGGAUGCUACGGGGCUUUAUGGGUACCUCAUGUUGAUCAGCGAGAUUUGUCGAUUGCUUGAAGAUGUUAAGGCUUUUGACCACGAACGAAGUGAAAAGCUUGUUGGUCCCGCGCUUUUUACCUUCAGUCGACGAGCAGUGAAGCUAAUACUGGAAGACCUCAGCUUGCCCACGUUGUUUACUGCCAUAUAUUAUCCCAUGUUGGGCUACCGGGACAGCACUUCGCAGGUCUUAUUGUUCUGGUUGAUAAUGUUUUUGACACAUAUUACUGCCGUUGGAUUUGCGAGCGUUUCUGUCGCCACGACCCGGAACUUCUACGGGGCCAUAUUCAUAGGGAAUAUGUACUUCACGUUGCAGACAGCGGCGUCGGGGUACUUUUUGCAGGAAAACCAAAUGCCGGUGUACGUGCAAUGGCUGAAAUGGCUCACAACAACUUUUUACACCUUCAGUGCCCUCUGCACCCUUGAGUUUGUUGGGUAUAAUGGCUCCAGCCCUGGGUAUCUCUACGACUGCCCCUCUCAUGAUGCCCAUGAUCCGCAAUGCAAAGAAUACAUGGGUGCUUUUGUUAUGGAUAGUCUUGGGCUUCCCAUUGGUGGGAUUUGGAAACAAAUUCUAAUACUAUGCGUGUUUGCUGUAGUUUACCAAGCCUCCGCAAUUUUGCUUUUCAAUCUCAAAUCAGCCCGCCGACCUUGGUACGUGGCAGUUGCAGAAAAUGGGGAAAGCGAAGCAUGUCUAUACGAGAAGACACCGGCCCGUUAUCCAACUCAACUUUGGGACAGCCAUAUACAGCUUAACAACCUAGAGCUCUACAGAACAAGUUCUUCGUCAUGGGUACGGCCUGGGCUAAAGUAG